AUGUAAAAUAAAUAUAAAUAUAUAUAUAUAUAUAUUUAUAUAUAUAUAAUAUAUAUAUAUAUAUAUAUAUAUAUUUAUUUAUAUUUAUAUAUAUAUUUAUAUAUAUUUUUAUAAUAACCAUACAUAAUCUUUUUAAAAUAAAUAUUUAUUUUAAAAUAAAAUAAAAUGGGUCAAAUUACUUCUAUAUUAAAUGACUAAGAAAUAGAAAAUUAAGAUGAUCAAAAAUUUAGAAAUCAAACAAUAGAUUAUUAAGAAAUUUAUGAUAAAAUACUCUAAAAAUUUUAUGUUUCAAAUUCCAAUUAUAAAUCUAAUUUUUAUCAAACAGUUUAAAUAUUAACAUGCAAAUAUAAUAAAAUAUUUACAUUAUAUCUAAAAGAAAUCAUAUUAAAUUUAGAUGAAAAAUAUGAAAUAUAAAAAGGAUAUUGGUAAGCCCGUUAUACAGAUAUACAGCAUUUAAAUUUAAUAUAAUUACAUGGUGUUUCAGGUAAUAAAAUAGAGACUUUUUGUUCUACAUUUUAUCAAAUAUGUUUAUUAUUUGAUUCCAUAUAAAAUAACUUAGAAGAAUAAUUAAUUUUAUAUAAAACAUAUACAGAAGAAUAAUUAUGGUUUAUUUUAGAUUCAUUAGUAAGCGCCUUAGAAUAUUUACAAGAAAGAGAAAUAGAGCACCAAGCUUUAAAUUUAUAAACUAUAUUUAUAACAUAUAAUCAUAAAAAUAUAAAACUUUAUAAACUAAGUGAUCCUUAACUUUUUGAUUUAUAAUCUAAUUAUUCGAAUCUACUUCUAGGUCAUAAAAAUAACUGUUUUUAUUUAUCUCCGGUUCUUUUUUAAUAGUUAUAGUAAAAAGUAUAAAAGCCAGUACAUAAUAGUUAUAAAAGUGAUGUUUUUACUUUAGGUAUGAUUAUCCUAUAAUUGGCUUUGGGUAAAAAUAUACAAGAUAUAUAUAAUAAUGGGAUUUUUAAUGAAGAAAUUCUAUACUAAAAAUUAAAGUCUCUAAAUGGUAUUUAUAAGAAAGAAUUUAUUGAUAUAAUUACCUAAAUGUGUGAUGUUUAUGAAGAAAGAAGACCUGAUUUUAGAAUUUUGGACCGUUAGUUAAGCCAAUGUAUGACGUUAUUUGGAAAGAGAAUAUGCGAAAGACUAAAAGUAACAAAUUUAGCUUUUUUAAAAAUUAAUAUAGACUUUAAAAACGAUGAACAAAUAACAUUUGAGUAAGAAUAGUAAAAAAAAAAAGAAAUAGAAAGAAAGGAAAAUGAAAAAAAAAUGAUAAUAUAAGCUAUAUAAAAUCAAGAAGCAAUUUAAAUAAUUAAACAAUCUUUAGAAAAAACUUAAAAAAUAAACUAAUAAUUUCUAUUGUAAAAUAAAUAAACUGAAAUAUAAUUUAAUAUAAAUUGUAAAGGGAAUAAAUAAAUUAUAAAUUAAGAUAUUAUAUAUGAAUAAUCAAAUUAUGUGACAUAAAGUGAUUUUAAUAGUAAUAAAAUUGAUAAAAAUAAUAAUGAUGGUUUUAUUAAAUAAUAUUAAGUACCAAAUAAUAAAUUUCAAAUGAAAAUUUAUUAAGAUAAUCCAGAAUUAGAAUAAAUUGUCUAAAAAUAUAUAAAUAAAUAAUGA